AUGCUCAAGUCGUUGUUGGUCACUAUCUGGCCCAAGAACAAGCCUAGUUUCAAAGUCAGAGUGGUGCUCGCCUUGCUGUUGUUGAUCGGGUCCAAGCUUUUGAAUGUCCAAGUGCCUUUCUUCUUCAAGUCCAUCAUCGAUGAAAUGAACGUCGAUUGGUCUGAGCAAUUGGGCACCUUGGGUACCGUCAUGGGCACUAUGAUCAUAGCAUAUGGUGGUGCCAGAUUUGGUGCUGUCUUGUUUGGCGAACUUAGAAAUGCAAUCUUUGCUUCUGUCGCCCAGCUGGCCAUCAAAAGAGUCGCCAACAACACAUUCAAGCACUUGCUAGACAUGGAUUUGCAAUUCCAUUUAUCUCGUCAAACUGGUGGUCUUACCAGAGCUAUAGAUCGAGGCACGAAAGGUAUAAGUUAUGUUCUCAGUGCCAUGGUAUUUCAUAUCAUUCCCAUCAGCUUUGAAAUCAGUGUCGUUUGUGGUAUUUUGACAUACAACUACGGUCUUUCUUUUGCUGCAGUGACUUUGAUGACGAUGAUCGGAUAUUCUGUCUUCACCAUCAAAACCACCGCAUGGAGAACUGGAUUCAGACGUCAAGCUAAUAACGCUGAUAAUCAAGCUGCGUCUGUGGCUUUGGACUCGUUGAUCAAUUACGAAUCCGUGAAGUAUUUCAACAAUGAGGCCUAUCAAUGUUCCAAAUACGACAAAUCCUUGACCAAUUACCAGAAUGCUUCGAUCAAAGUGGCCACCUCCUUAGCAUUUUUAAACGCCGGCCAGAAUAUGAUCUUCACCCUGGCUCUCACAGCCAUGAUGUAUAUGGGCUGUCAGGGUGUAGCCACUGGGGCUUUGAGUGUUGGUGAUUUAGUGUUGAUCAACCAGCUCGUAUUCCAAUUGUCUGUUCCGCUCAAUUUCUUGGGAUCGGUCUAUAGAGAGCUCAAGCAGUCAUUGUUAGAUAUGGAGAAUCUUUUCCAGUUGCAGAACUACGACAUCAAGGUGAAAAGUAGCCCUGGCGCAGGAAAGCUUAGCUUGCACCCAAUAAGACCGGGCGAGAUCAAAUUUGAGAAUGUUACCUUUGGUUACCACCCGGACAGACCCAUCUUGAAGAAUGCCUCCUUCACCAUUCCACCGGGUCAAAAGGUCGCCAUUGUUGGCCCUUCAGGUUCUGGUAAAUCCACGGUGUUGAAGCUUGUCUUUAGAUUCUACGACGUGAAUUCGGGACGCAUUCUCAUCGAUGGCCAAGAUAUCUCCAAGGUUGAUCUCGAGUCGCUCCGGCGAGCUAUUGGAGUGGUACCCCAAGAAACGCCAUUGUUCAACGACACGAUUUUGGAAAAUAUUCGCUACGGCCGCUUAGACGCGCAUAACGACGAGAUCAUGGCUGCGGUCUCUAAGGUGAGGCUUGAUGCACUCAUCAAGGAACUUCCAGCUGGUAUGGAGACAAUUGUCGGAGAACGAGGAUUGAUGAUUUCUGGAGGAGAGAAGCAAAGGUUGGCCAUCGCAAGAUUACUUUUGAAACGGGCUCCAAUUACAUUCUUUGAUGAAGCCACAAGUGCCCUAGACACACACACGGAACAAGCCUUACUUAGGACAUUACGAGGCGUUUUCAUUGAGGGGCGCUCGACGAAUGUCUCCAUCGCGCAUCGUCUUCGAACCAUUGCAGACAGCGACAAGAUCAUUGUCUUGAACCAAGGCGCAGUUCAGGAGGAAGGUACUCAUCAAAGCUUGAUAGAGACUCCAGGGUCUCUCUAUGGAGAACUUUGGAACAUUCAAGAGAACCUUGAUCUCGAAGAGGAAUUGAAGAGACGUGACGAGGAGGAAGAGGAAGAGAGACAGAGAAAAGCUCGUGAUGGUGCCCUCGCAGACUAG